UACAUGAACCAGGAGAUCAAGAUGCAGGCGGCAGCCUUCAAAGACAAGAAACGGGGGUCCCCAGACAAUAAAGAAGGUGCAGAUGACCCUGCCUAUGAGAAUAUCAUCUUCAAAACCCAGCAGCAGCCAAAGGGCAGUCAUUCACCAGCCAAGAAUAAGGCCCAGUCCAAGCCACCCUCCGACCCUGCCCAGGUCCCCCGUUGGUUGCCUAGAGCCAUGAUGAACCUGUAUGUUGUCCUUGUUGUGUCCUGCGUCAUCCUCUUAGUCUUGGUCCUGGUGAAGAAUUCCGAGAUGUCCCAGGAGCUGCUGGUCUUGAAAAGGGAGCUCCAGAACGUCUCUCUUUCGGUGGGAGAGUGCCAGGAGGGGAAGAAGCGCUGGAGCGAUGUCGAUCAGAGCAUCAAGGCGGCCAAGCAGAGCAUUGACAUGGUCAAGAGCAAGGUCCAUGAAGGGAACCAGAAACUGAGGACGCUGGCGACAGUCUCAAACAUAAACGAAAUCAAGACUACAUUACAGGAAAUCCUCCAGAUGCUGAAGAUGUCAAAUCCAAAGCCCACACCUCAAUAAAAGAAAAGACAUCAGAGCCCUGGCUGCACCUCGGAGGACAAGAUAGCACCUCUCGAUGAAGAUGGAAAAUGGGGGCCCCAGCCUGGUCUGAUGCUGCGCUUCAUCCCACGUGUAGAAAAUCAUGUGUCUUGGUGAAUGUGUUGUGGAGUUGCGUGUGGGCAUGUGUGCUCGUGUGUCGGGGUAAGCACUUCAUGGAGGGUGGGUAUUUCAGUGUUUCCCACAGGAAGGUGUUAUGGGUGAAUGUUGAAGGUGGGAGUCAUAGCGAGUGUGGUGUGCACCCCUAUGUCACUGUACAUGUGAUGCAUAUGUGUAUUGCGGCAUGUUGUGAGUGUAAUGCAUGUCUCCGUGGGUGGCUGUGACACAGAAGUGUGUCACUGUGGGUGUGGGUGUUGGUGACACGUGUUGCACGUGCCCAUUUCAGCAUAAACACAUGUGUGUC